AUGGCCAAGAAGACGGCUCAGCCGUCGGUAGUCAACCGGCACGUAUACGCGAGAGCCUCCUACCUCUAUCAAGCAGCCAACUAUCUAGCCCAAGCCGCCAUCACCACCACCACCCCUCGGGACCGGCAGCAGCAGGAUGGUCAGCUUUCCUCCCCCGGCUCUUCUCCCCCCGCCGGUUCGAGGACGGCAACCGUGUCGAGCGGGGCAGGAAGGAGAGCGGCACGCAACCUCUCCCGCAGAAUGACAUCAGACAUCAGGUCCAUAUCGCUAAAGGCCCAGGUCCGCCACAGCCCGGCCAUGAAGUCGACGAUGUGCAGGUCGUGCGACUCGCUGCUCGUCGAGGGCCAGACGUCGCGCACCACCGUCGAGAACGCCAGCAGGGGCGGCAGGAAGCCUUGGGCCGACGUGCUGACGGUACGCUGCCUGGUGUGCGGCCAGGUCAGACGGUAUCCUGUCGGUGGCCGGACGCAGCAGGGGAGACAUCUGCCGGAGGCGCAGGAGACGCAGGAGGGUGCCACAGUCGAUGACCUCGGGGCCGACAUGAGCCCGAAUCAUCCCGGGAACCUCGACAUUGCCCCGUCCAGCAUGUCUCGACAGACCUGA